AUGUCUCUCCCUUCGGCUUCCUUUGUCAAUACCACAGGGGAUUUCAAUUCUCUAUUCUGUUCAAUCCUUUAUCUUGGGUCGAAUCGCCUCAGGGAUGUGCCAGCGAAGGCAAAGAACGGCGCCACCGUCGCUUGGCUCCUCUCGCUCAAGGCGAAGAUGGACCCUCCGGGCCAUGAUAAGACAUCCACCUACUUCCAAGAAUGGGCCAGCUUCAUGGCCGCCCAGAGCACUUUGGAGCCGUUCGGUUCGGGCAACUACAACCAAUGGCUGGAUGCUGCUUGCCGUGCUGCGGCCUACAACGGUGAUCCUCAAGCGGUAUGUGCUUGGUUGGUCUGUUCCGCCGAUUCUGUGGUCGAGUCAGUCGAUCUCGCUCCCCCAAGAAGCCUUACUGCUGAACAGGCAUCUGCAAAGCCUGGGAACCUAUCCUAUCUGAAAAAUGCACAUGGUGCUCUGCAAAUUGCCUGUGAGAAUGGCAAUCUCGAAGUGGUCAAAUCUCUGCUCUCUUCGGGAAUUGGUCCAGGUGUUUACCACACAGUUUUCGGCUACCCAGUCCACAACGCCAUCCGCAAUGACUAUUUGGACAUCGUUCGAUGUUUGUUCCAUUACGGAGCUGAUCGCGAUCCCUGGACUAGUCCGUACGCAACUCUCUUGGAGCUUGCCGCUUGCAAUGGCAGUUCCGCAGCCCUCAAGUAUCUUCUUGGAGAAAGCCCUCCUCAAAACGCGGCAUCGCUACAGUAUCUUCUAUUCCUAGCAUGCCGGAAAGGGCAUGACGGUGUCGUCAAGGUGCUGUUCCAAUGGACAGAUGAAAAGAACAAGCCGCAUAAGCGGACCAAAAGUUGGGUCAAUCGUGUGAUGCACCGCCGGGCUAUCAGCAAGAUUCUGCUUGAUCCUGAUAAACCAAUUCCCUAUGAAAAGAUCAUGGAUCUCAAGCCUGAAUUGCAAGGAGAGGGCCACCGUACACCACUCUGCUCGGCAGUUAAAAACAAGCACCCUAUGGUCGUUAAAUUUCUAAUUGGCAGGCCUGAAUUUCAUCCGAGCGACCAAGACAACGACAGCUGUCCAUUGUUUGUGGCAGCACAGACGGAUCAAGCUGACCUAACCGAACUGCUCUUGGCCCGUUAUCAGCAGGACGACAAGGUUACUUCAACGAAGCUGAUGCUGCUUCUCGAUGAGGCAUGUAGGUUUGGGAGCAUAUCGGUGGUAAAACUGCUUCUAGAGCGGCAGGGUGUCAACCCCAACGCCAGAACACGACCUGUCGUUACAAGCCCUUUAGUCACCACUGUUGGGCAAACCACUGGCGAUAGCAGCCCAAACCACGUUUCCAUUGUGAAGCUACUUCUACAGCAUCAUCUCAUAGACCCCCAGCUUCCAAGAAUGGGGUUGAAACCAUUGGAAGUCGCCAUUGACAGGAACAAUACUGCCAUGGUGGAACUGCUGCUGGACCACCGGAAAACCGAUCCAAACCAGUAUAGCGACGACCAUUAUCCGCCUCUGUGUAAAGCCAUACGGAACGGUAAUCUUAAGAUUGUCCGGCUUCUCCUCAAGCGUCCCGACACUGACCCAAAUCUGCGAGGCAAAGAUCGAUUUUGGGGGACGCCUUUGGUAACAGCAGUGGGCCGAGCUGAUACGCUCAUCGUCCGAGAGCUGCUUGAGCGUAGCGACAUCGACCCCAACAUGCCCUCAUUCCGUAAUGAGCCUUCGGGCAAUCCUCUCUUCUACGCAGCUGGCUCUGGCAACCAUGAGAUUAUCAAACUGCUCCUGAGACGCGUUGACAUUGACGUGAAUGCGGCGACGGACAACAAAACGACGCCCUUGGUGCAUGCGAUUUUGAACAAAAAGAUUGGCAUCGUCAAACUUCUGCUCGCUCAUCAGAAUAUAGACCCCAAUUACGCGCCAGAAGCUGAGAUGCAUGUAGGGCUGCAUUUUAGGGGCGAUAACGAAUCUACAUAUGCGUUUGAUACUCUAUAUACGGGGCCUGCUCGGAGCGGAGUGAAGCAGUCGCCUCUGUUCGUGGCGGGCGCAGAGUCGAAUCGGGCUGUUUUCGGUUUACUGUUAAGGCACCCUUUGAUUGAUAUCCAUGCAACUGACAGUACAGGCAGAACACCUCUCUGGUGGGCAGCAUCCGGAGGCCCGGAAAUCUCGACGCACUUGCUUUUGGAGAGAGGCGCCGGUAUCGACAUUAACAAACAAGACAUACAAGGCUGGGCACCUCUGCAUGUGGCCGCCAAUCGCCAACGCAUCGAGGUGAUUGAAUACCUCCUGGCCCACCCGGACAUUGACCCCAACCUUGCCAACGAGGAUGGUUGCACGGCCCUACAUAUUGCGGUGUUUGGCAAUGAUGUACAGGCUGUAGGGGAGCUCCUUGCUCACCCAAAGACUGACCGGAACCUUGAAACAAAUGAUGGGCAAACGGUUCUAUCUAUUGCACGGAGCCUAGAAUAUCCUAGGUUGACGCAGCUGUUAGAAGCAAACGAGGAGUGA